AUGCAUCUGACACCUCCUUCCUCCCCUCAGGCAGAGUAUAAAUCCCACCGCUGAAAACCAAGAAGCCCGGCUAAUGUUGCAUCAGCUGAGCCUCUGGCUGUAACCCCACUAGGUGGUUUUUACUUCAACAUCAUGUUGCACCUCAUCCUGGUCCUCCAUCUCCUGGUCCUCUCACACUCUCCCGCAGGUGCAUCGGUCCACUUGCAGUUGCGUGAUUUUUAUGAAGAUGAAGCCACAGGUUUCGGACCAGUGUUUGAGGAGCAGCCGGUGGAUACCAUCUACCCCGAGGAGUCACCCGAGGCCAAAAUUACCAUGAAUUGCCGGGCGAGGGCCAAUCCACCUGCCACAUACAAAUGGAAGCUGAACAACACAGAAAUAGAUUUGACUGAAAACGACGGCCACUACAGCCUAUCAGGAGGCAAUCUGGUCAUCAGCAACCCCAGUAGAACCAAACAUGUGGGAACAUACUCUUGCUUGGCUACCAACACGUACGGCACGGUCAUCAGCCAAGAGGCCUUUGUCCAGUUUGGAUAUCUUGAUCUUUUCUCAUCGGAGGAGAGACUGACAGUGAAAGUCAAAGAGGGGCAGGGGGCAGUUCUGCUUUGUGCUCCCCCACCACAUUAUCCAGCCAAGCUGUCGUUUAGAUGGAUCCUCAAUGAAUUCCCCACCUUCAUCCCGCUGGACAAGCGACGAUUUGUCUCCCAGAUAACGGGCAACCUAUAUAUCUCUAAGGUGGAGUCGUCAGACCGAGGCAACUACUCCUGCAUUGCAUCAAGCCCGUCCAUUUCCAAGAGUGUUUUUUCCAACUACAUCCCACUCGAGCCUCAGGCUGAGCGUCCCACUAGGAAAUACCUGGCUGAUCUGAGAGUCAAGUUCCCAGACACGACUGCUUUGGUGGGGCAGAACGUCACCCUGGAGUGCUUCGCGUUGGGAAAUCCAGUCCCUGAGAUCCGGUGGAAACGGGUAGAUGGAAAGAUGCCCCACAAUCAUGAGGUGCGGAUGGCGGGUGCUCAGCUGCAUCUGUACAAUGUUCAGUUUGAAGACAGUGGCACCUAUGAGUGUCAGGCAACAAACGUGAGAGGAAAAGACUACCACACUGCACGCGUGUCCGUGGAGGCUUAUCCUGAGUGGGUGGAGCGCAUCAUCAGCGUAGAGAAAGACCUCUAUAGUGACUACAAUAUGUCCUGCAUAGCCAGUGGGAAACCUAAACCACAAAUCCACUGGCUGAAAAAUGGAAAACCGAUUGACAGAAAAGAGGUACGAUUCAGAAGGCUGACAUUUGAUGAUUCAGGGAUGUACCAGUGCAUAGCGGAAAAUCACCACGGAGUUAUUUAUGCCAAUGCAGAGCUGCGAGUGUUUGCCUGCGCUCCCACAUUCAAACACAACCCGGUGAAGCAAAUAUUGGCGGCUAAAAAUGGCCGCAUUGUGAUUGAUUGCCGACCCAAAGCUGCCCCGAAGCCAACCUUCCAUUGGAGCAAAGACACUGAGCUGCUCUCUAACUCUAGCAGGGUGUUUAUCUGGGACGAUGGAAGUUUAGAGAUCCUCAAUGUGACACGAGCUGAUGAGGGCAGGUACACCUGCUUUGCAGAGAACGACCGGGGCAAGGCCAAUAGUACAGGCUCUCUGACGGUCACAGAAUCCACAAAGAUCACCUUGGCACCAUCCAAUGCUGAUGUCCGAGCCGGGGAGGAUGCCUACAUGCAGUGCGCGGCGUCACAUGACCCUUUGCUGGACAUCACCUUUAUCUGGUCCCUGGAUGGACGAGUCAUUGACCUACACAAAGAUAGCCGGCAUUAUGAACGCAGCCCAAAUGGAAGCUCACAGGGUGAGCUGCUGAUUAGGAAUGCUCAGCUGAAACACGGAGGACGCUACACCUGCACCGCACAGACAACAGUUGACAACGUCACUGCCUCUGCCCACCUGGUUGUCAGGGGUCCCCCCGGGGCCCCAGGUGGGAUGCGAAUAACAAACAAAACCGACAAGAGUAUGACUUUACAGUGGAGCCGCGGAGCUGACAACCACAGCCCCAUCUCCAAAUAUACCAUCCAGUACAGGGAUGAGUUCUCGAAAGAAGCCUGGAAGAAUGCCACCACAUCUCCCGCUGAUGUUGAGGGGAAUGCGGAAACAGCCACAGUGGUGAAUUUAUUCCCUUGGACAGAAUACGAGUUCAGGGUCAUUGCCACCAACACUCUUGGGACUGGAGCCCCAAGCCACCCAUCACCUAAAAACAGAACCCUCGAAGCAGUUCCUGUGGUGGCGCCCUCAGAUGUCGGAGGGGGUGGAGGGGCCAGCAGAGAACUGACCAUCUCGUGGACGCCAGUACAGCCACAAUAUUACUAUGGACCUAAUUUUGGCUACAUCAUCGCCUUUAAACCCCCGAAAGAAAAUGAGUGGAAACGGGUGGCAGUAGCUGAACCUAAGGCCAACCGCUAUAUCCACAAAGACCCCAACAUGCCUCCUGUGACCGAGUUUGAAGUCAAAGUUAAAGCAUUCAACAGCCAAGGAGAGGGUCCCUACAGCAGAAGUGCCACCAUUUAUUCUUCAGAAGACACUCCAUCUGAAGCUCCCAUGAAUCUUGAUGGCAGAGCAGUGUCUGCCACAAUGGCCACCAUCUCCUGGUCGCACCUCUCACAGAGAAAUGUAGAUGGAUACCAGGUUAAGUUUUGGAGAAAUCACGAAGAUGGUGAAGGGGGAGCCAAAACGAUAUCAGUAUCCAGUCGGGACAACCACACCAGGCUUGAUGGUUUGGAGCCCAGUUCAAACUACAUUAUCGAGGUCCGAGGCUACAAUUCUGCAGGAUACGGGCCACCCAGCAAGCAACUUAAGAUCCAAACCAAGAAGCCUCCUCCAGAUCGACCCCCGAAAAUAAUGGGUAUAAAGCUAAAGGGCCAAUUGGUCAAUGUUGCCUGGGAACCCGUGGAACCACUGGGUAAUGAGUCAUCAAUAGAUGAAUACCGAGUGCUGUACAAACGGAAGGACAACUCCACAAGUGUUCUGUACAAAACCAGUAGGCGCUUUAUAGACCUUCCACUGCACUCAGAUGGGGAAUAUGUGGUGGAGGUUCGAGCACACACAGAAGGAGGAGAAGGGACGGUGGCAAAGAUUGACAUCACUGGUGGGGGCAUCAUGGCCUCUUCGUCUCUCAGCAUACUCUCCUUGCUCCUGGUCGUACUCUUCCUCCUGAACCUUUGAAUGUAGCGCCUUGUUGGUCUUCAUUUCCCAUGAAGGAGACUCCAGUGGUCGCUUAAGGUUCACGCCUAAAAGGAUUUCAGGACUCUUUCCACAAUGUUUUGGUUCCACCCUGUAAUCUGGGAUCUCACUUUCCAGCUCUUUCCCUCUGGAAUACAUUUGUGGAAAUACAUUUAGAAAAUGGAAAAAAGUUGAAAAAAGGACAAAGACAUUCCUUAUUUAUCCACAAAAGCCUCUUUGGAGGAGUGUCAAAGGAGUUCUGUCAACUUAAAAUGCCUUAUAUAAACGAUUGCUCUUAUCUUUCAUGGUGACUUGUUUUAAAAUGGGUGGAAGUGUAAAUCCUAUGGUUUGCAUUGAUCGCCUCUUUGAGUCUUUGUACAUCUAAAAGCACACAUUUCUGAUAUAAAGAUGAUGCAAUUUCAGAAAUCUUGGCUUGAUUUGAUCUGUGGUAAUUUGGCACAGAAACCCUUCAGUGCAUUCCAAACAAAGAGCUGAACAAGUCGCUGUGAAGGGCAAGAGUAGGAGUUUAUGGAAAAUAAUUUCAUGCAUUCUGUAACAAGCAGUUUAGUGCUUGUUUAGAAUUGUUUUUCAUUAAGUCAAACAACUCUCAUUUCAGAGAUACAGUCAAAGCAAAUCUCAACCUCUUCCGCACCUAAUUUUUAACAGCCAUAGAGAAGAAAAGCAAUGUAUGUCAUGCUGAAAUGAUAUAUUCAAUAACUGAUAUUAUUUAAAUAUCUAAUAUAUUCUUAAUGAUACAUGAAGACAAGAAGAAUCGUUUAACCAACAAUCAGUGCUUUUUCUCCAAACCAUAACGUAAGCUCUAUUAACACCACUUCCAAACUGUGUGCAUGUUGACGUUGUUACAUGGAAGUCAAGUGUUUAAUGUUUGGCCGUUUGGCAAGUGCAUAUUUGGGUCCAACCUGAUUUCCAACUAAAGCAUAUAGGAACAACAAAAUAUUGUCGAACAUGCAGCUGUCAGCAGUUAUACUGAGUGCUUGUAACAUCUGGUUAUAUUUGUGCAAUGAUCACAGCUUUGCAACAGCAUUUUGGCAGAAAUUGAGAGCGAAAACUGGAAAAAACAAAAGCUAACUGAAGUCCACAUUGUUUUGACUGUAUCGUUAGGACCUCAGUGGUACCAGCGGGUGCUCUGUAAAGAAUGUUAGCAUUUCAUUUAAUGUUAAGAAUUUUAUUUGAUAUUUCCUUGUCGAUGGCUUUGUGUUAGAGUCUCUAUCAAAUGUAACAAUGAACGAUAGCGGCGCUCAUGCCCUCAAAUAACUGUGCAAUGUCUGACUCAUCUGUGGUUACUUCAUGUUUUCUAAUAAGACAACUUGCUGAGCUCCUGCAACAGGAUUCUUGUAUAUUCCAUUUUUUCUUGAUCAAAUAUGAGCAAAAGGUAAGCAAAGCCAUCCAUAUCAGCUGUAAGAGCUCAUCCAAAGCUCGCAAUGUUGUUUCAAAUGCAUUAUUUUUUGUCUUUUUAAAAACAUAUGAUCAGAGUUAUAUGGACAUCAUCAACUGUUGGAAUAUAUUUAGUUUUUGAUUCCUAUAUUUGUAUGUCUUGACCUGUUGGACAGUUUAAAAGUUUAUUUCCCUCUAAUGGAGGAACAAAUGCUGCGUUUUGAGUUCCUCAGUCAUUUGUUUUAUGACCCACGCCGGUCAUGUUUCUGCAUUGUGACAGUAUCAAUAUCCACCACAAAGUGCUUUUUCCCGGUUUAUCUUCAUGCCACUUCAAAAGAGUUGCCAAAUGCAUGAACGCCUUGAACUUUGACAAUUUGGACAGAGCAGUGGCCCGACAUAAUAGCAUGCAUGAGGUUGGAGGCAAAGUACACGUCUUUGUGACGGUCCGACACCAUAGCAACAUCUCAAGCUCUCAUAAAACACAUUCCAUUCCCGAGUGGCAUCCCUUUAUGUCAGAGGCGGUGUAGAUCAUAGGCUAGUGUGUGCUGUAGCUGCUGAGUCAGACAUCUCAUGUGAGGAAAGCUUAUAGAUGAAAAAACAUCCUCCACUGACUAAAGGAAUGUCACUCAUUCAAGUUAAAAAUGGUCAUGCAAAUUUGUGUCCAUGUGAUGCUGGGGAUCCGGUGGCAUCAGUGGUGUUAGUGGCAGCAGUUGUGGCUGUUUACUGGAUAUGAAUGGCAUAUGUGAGGGAAGAAACUGAAACCUCUCAUUGAACAAGGAACAAUAAAAGUGUAGUUAACUAUUAUUUUGCUCUGCUUGUCUUUUUGGCUUUUUUUUGUUUUGUUGUUGCAGUAA